UCUUCGAGAAGCAGUCGACCGACAGGAGACGUCCUUACAGGCACCGACCCAACGCUUUGGCGAUCUGGAAGAGCUUCACGAAUUUCAAGGCCGGAAACGGAGGGAAUUCGAAGACUAUGUCCGCCGAAACAGGAUUAAUAUGAACAACUGGAUGCGCUACGCUGCAUGGGAGCUCGAGCAGAAAGAGUUCAAGCGCGCGCGAUCCAUCUUCGAACGAGCCUUGGACGUUGAUUCGACAUCUGUCGUACUAUGGAUUCGAUAUAUCGAGGCCGAGAUGAAAAAUAGGAAUAUUAAUCAUGCGAGAAACCUCCUUGACCGUGCCGUCACUAUCCUACCCAGAGUCGAUAAGUUGUGGUAUAAAUAUGUUUACAUGGAGGAGAUGCUGGGUAAUAUCCCCGGAACGCGACAAGUGUUCGAGAGGUGGAUAUCAUGGGAACCGGACGAGGCGGCGUGGAGUGCUUACAUCAAAAUGGAGAAACGGUACGGUGAAUUCCAGCGAGCCCGUGAUAUAUUCGAGCGCUUCACCAUCGUACACCCGGAGCCACGAAAUUGGAUCAAAUGGGCUAAAUUCGAGGAAGAAUAUGGAACCAGUGAUCUAGUCAGGGAAGUUUUUGGUUCCGCGGUUGAAGCUUUAGGAGAUGAAUUUGUCGACGAGAGACUCUUCAUUGCUUACGCCAGGUUUGAGGCCAAACUCAAGGAGUAUGAACGGGCUAGGGCUAUUUACAAGUACGCCCUAGACCGGCUCCCGCGAUCAAAAUCUAUGGGCUUGCACAAGGCCUACACCACUUUCGAGAAGCAGUACGGCGACCAAGACGGUGUUGAGGAUGUUAUUCUAUCAAAGCGAAGGCGACUUUACGAAGAUCAGAUCAAAGAGAACCCGAAAAACUACGAUAUAUGGUUUGAUUAUGCACGAUUGGAAGAGACUUCAGGUGACCUGGAUCGAGUAAGGGAUGUGUACGAGCGAGCAGUGGCGCAAAUUCCGCCAACACAGGAGAAGAGGCACUGGCGCCGAUACAUCUACUUGUGGAUCUUCUACGCGAUCUGGGAAGAGAUGGAGGCAAAGGACGUUAGCAGAGCGCGCCAGAUUUACAAAUUAUGCCUCGACCUAAUUCCCCACAAGAAAUUCACUUUUGCCAAGGUCUGGCUUCUAAAAGCACAAUUUGAAAUACGGCAGGGCGAAUUAACAGCUGCGCGAAAGACUCUGGGGCAAGCGAUUGGCAUGUGCCCGAAAGACAGAUUAUUCAAGGGCUAUAUCGAGCUUGAACUGAAGUUGUUCGAAUUCGUGCGAUGUCGAACGCUCUACGAGAAGCAUGUUGAGUGGAAUUCAGCUAAUUGCCAAACAUGGAUCAAAUUCGCCGAACUUGAAAGGGGACUAGAUGACCUUGACCGAACAAGAGCCAUUUUCGAACUUGCUAUCAACCAACAAGUUCUGGAUAUGCCAGAGCUACUGUGGAAGGCAUAUAUUGAUUUCGAGGAAGAGGAGGGCGAAUAUGACAAGACACGUGACCUAUACGAGAGAUUACUAGAGAAGACGGAUCAUGUCAAGGUCUGGAUCAGCUACGCUCACUUCGAGAUCAAUAUCCCAGAAGAGGAAGAGGAAGCAGGUGAGGAAGAGGAGCGGCCAGUCAGCGAGGAGGCAAAGACCAGGGCUCGUGGCGUGUUCGAGCGUGCUCAUAAAUGCAUGAAGGAGAAAGAGCUCAAGGAAGAGAGGGUUUCCCUGCUCAACGCCUGGCUGUCUUUCGAGCGCACCCAUGGUUCGGCAGAGGAUAUUGAGAAAGUCCAGAAGCAGAUGCCGCGGAGAACCAAGCGCAGACGCAGACUCGAGGAUGACACAUACGAGGAGUACAUUGAUUAUAUCUUCCCAGCAGAUGACGAACAGAAACAGGAUUUGUCGAAAUUGCUGGCUAUGGCUCAAGCUUGGAAGCAAGGUGGUGGUGUUGUCAGCUAACCGAGCUUGCUGCUUUUUAUACUCAACAUACACAACCAAGAUACCAUAGAUGCGAGUCUAUAAUCCGAUAUUGUACAUAAUAUAGGCUAUUACAUGAACGAAGCCGGUGUAAUAAAACCAUCGGAAACGGCUCGGUUACCAAAUUGUUCAACCAACCAAGUAUCAUCUCUGAAUG